AUGCUUAUUAGGCAAACUCAACGGGCCGACUAUCCAGAGGAAUACAACAUCCUGCAAUCCAAAGGACAGCUUCCCUCGUCCAGUUGUAUCCUCAACCUUAAUCCGUUCCUGGAUGCUGACGGCAUCAUGAGGUCAUGCGGUCGUUUGACUGCAUCUGACUCGUUAUCCUACGACGAACGUCAUCCUAUCCUUUUGGCGUACCAUUUCAAACUAGCAGAGCUUCUGGUCACAUUUACUCACCGUAUCUCCAUACACGGGGGAAACCAGCUUAUGGUUCGUCUCAUCCGGACGAGAUACUGGAUUCCGAAGCUGCGGAACCUGAUCAAACGUGUGACCACGACCUGCAAGGUGUGUGUCAUUCACCGGAAGAAGGUGCAGUCCCAGCUAAUGGGUAAACUACCUCAGUCCAGAGCGACCUAUUCGCGACCCUUUACACACACAGGACUCGCCUUCGCGGGAUCGUUUGAUGUCAAAAGCUAUUCAGGUCGUGCCUGUCGAAUCACGAAGGGCUAUGUCUGCGUCUUCGUGUGCAUCAGUACGAAGGCCAUCCAUUUGGAAGCCACUUCGGACUUGACCACGGAGAAAUUCCUCGGAGCCUUCUCAAGGUUCGCGGCCAGAAGAGGGUGCCCUCUCCAUCUUUACUCGGACAACGGAAAGACUUUUGUGGGUGCGGAGAAGGCCCUCACAGAAGAUUUCAUCGCUGCGGUUAAGGAAAAGGUUACCUCGUCAUUUAGUCACCAGAGCCUAUCCUGGCAUUUCAACCCUCCAGGCGCCCCCCAUAUGGGAGGCCUGUGGGAAGCAGGAGUCAAGAGUUUCAAGACUCACUUCUACAAGACGACAGGUAACUUUAAGUAUACCCUUGAAGAGUUAUCCACUCUACUGUGUCGGAUCGAGGCAUGCCUCAACUCCAGACCAAUUUCGGCGAUGUCAGAAGAUCCGUCGGAUAUCCUCGCUCAUGUCACAUGUCACUAG